AUGCAUCUUAAAAACUACCUCCCCGUCGCUCUCUUUGGGAUGCCAGCCCUAGCUGAGGGCUCAUCCUCCUCUCCAUCGUCGGAUGCGGACCCUUUCAAAGUCUACACCAUCACCACAGAAAACAUCACUGCCAAAUUGAUCCCCUAUGGAGCACGUUUGACCUCAUUGCUCGUUCCUGAUCGCGACGGCAUAUUCCAGGAUGUUGUCGUGGGCUACGAUGAUCCAAAGGAUUAUCUGAAAGACACCGAAUCCAACCACACUUACUUUGGUGCCGUCGUAGGCCGCUAUGCCAACCGGAUCAAGAACGGCACUUUCGAGACCCAUAGUUCUACGUAUCAGGUCCCAACAAAUGAGAACGAUGGUGCAGACACCCUCCAUGGAGGUAACGUGGGCUACGAUGCGCGGAACUGGACGGUCACUUCCCACUCCAGCUCUUCGGUAACCUUCACCCUACUUGACCGCGGUCUUGAACACUUCCCCGGAGACGUCAUCACUCACGCCAUAUUCAGCGUUGAUACCUCCGUGACCCCUGAGAACCCCGAUGGGCUUCCCCAACUGACCACCAAGCUGAUUUCACUGGCCUUGACCGAAACGACCCCCAUCAUGCUCUCCAACCACAUCUACUGGAACCUGAACGCCUUCCAAAAACCCACAGUCCUGGAAGAUACCUACCUCCAGCUUCCCCUGUCCAAGCGCUUGAUCGGCACUGAUGGGAUCCUGAUUCCCAACAGCACCAUCCUCGGCGUCGACUCCUACAAGGGAUCCCCCGACUUCACCGCAGGGAAGCUCGUCGGCAGAGACAUCAAAGACACGAACGGACUAUGCGGGGACGGCUGUACCGGAUACGACAACUGCUUCAUCGUAGAUCGUCCUGCCGGGUACGCUGCCGCGAAUUCGAUGGUUCCAAUCCUUCGAAUGAACUCCAGCUCUACCGGAAUCAGUCUGGAGGUAGCUUCGAACCAGCAGGCCGUUCAGAUCUACUCAUGCAAUGGUCAAAAUGGCACCAUCCCCAUCAAACCCUCCCAGGCAAAGAAGAACCAGGAGGAGAAGAUCGAGGGUGCAAAGGCCAUCAACAAGCAUGGUUGCAUUGUGAUCGAGCCCGAGGGUUGGAUCGAUGGCAUUAAUAACCCUGAGUGGGGUCAGCUCCAGGAUCAGAUCUAUUCCCCUGAGGGAGCUCCAUCCAUUAACUGGGCUACUUACAAGUUCGGUACCGUUUGA